UUUGGCAUCUCUGUAAUGUGACAGCCAGGCCGGGACACGGCUAGCUGUGGUGGCUUGUCACUGCUAAAGCAUUCGUCAAAGGCUUGGAUGACACUAUGUGGAGAGGGGAGCCCGCUCCACAGGCUUUCCAGGCCCCAGUGGAUGUCCAUGCCAGUGCAGAUGGUCAGGUGUAUAUGUUCAAGAGGAGGCCGAACGAGUCGGCCAUCUCAUCAGACGACGAGGAGCUCAGUUUGAUGGAGAUAAAGCCACAGGGUUUUCAAGCACAGGAUCAGGACAGACUAAGCCGGAAUGUCCAGCUGCUGGAGCGGAAGGUGUUAGACGGUGACAAUCUCAACAAGCUUGCACUGCAAUACGGCUGCAAGGUGGCAGAUAUAAAGCGGGUGAACAACCUAAUGCAGGAACAAGAUUUAUUUGGACUGACAUCGAUCAAAAUACCGGUUCACAAACACAGCUUUUUAAUGGAGACUUACUCAGACAGAAAUGAAUCUGCCACAACAGUCAAGUUUCAGGACAGAACCAGAUCCCAACCACACCUGCAGGAGGCUGCAGACUUUCUAAUGGAGAUUGAUAAUGACAUUGAGAAACUGAUCCAGACUACAAACAACCAAGAGGAUGUGUUGUAUAACUCAGAGAAAGAGCAGAAGUUUGGUGUCAGAGGCCGGACCCUGAACAGACACGGUUCUGACUGGAGAAUCCAGUGGUGGAAUGCUGUAGUUGCCAUGCUCCUGAUCGGCAUCAUCCUGCCAUUAUUUUAUGUCAUUUAUUUUAAGAUAAAAGCUAAUAAUAAUAAUAAUAAUAACGUAGUUUUACCUACUUCAUCAGUCACCUCUUUAAAUCAAUCAGGAACAAGCCUCAGUACAAGAGGACUCGAGCAUUUUCAAGAACCAGGAUAGACUUGAGUCUCAAACAGGUUCGAUGGUCUUAGAUGUUCGUGACAAUCAUGAAAAAGUUAAUUAAUAUUGCUCUGUGCAAUACCAGCCUGUGAAGAUCUGAUUCUAAUAAUGUUACAUUUGGGUGAAUAUCAUUGAAUAUCAUUGUUGUUGCUGGUAUUAAGUGUAACGGUACAUGUUUAUGUUUUACAUUUACCUUAAGAACCUUGGUUUUAAUGAUGCACAUACAGAGAUGCUCAGUGUCUCCAGCAUGAGGGUGCAUUAUUACAUAUUAAAAAACUGUGAAGGUAGAUGCAGAUGCUACAGGAGCUGCAGUGAAGUGAAGCCAGUGUGCAAAUGUGAGAGUGGGAUGAUGAUGAUGAUGAUGUAUCAAGCAGCUUCCAUAGAGAUUUUACACUCCGAUACUGUGUGUGUGUGUGUGUGUGUGUGUGUGUGUCUGUCUCUGAUCCUUUUGCUUUGAAAAUAUUGUGGUAGAAGUUUCUCAGGUGCUGGACUAAAUGUGAGGUUUGUAAUGGUUGUGUUUUGAUCCUUUGAACAACACAUUCUGAACAAUGUGCUUUUAGGGAGAGAAAAGAAAGACCUGCCGUUUGUUUUCCUUCUCAUAAUUCAUCACAACUUGCCUUUGCUCUACUGCCUGUCGUCACUAUUGACACAUUAACUGUCAUAUCAGGUGUUAAACCUUCUGUCUGUGGCAUAUUCAUAUAUUUGUAAACUGACAAAAUGGGACAUAAUUUGUGUUCCUCUGUUGCCAAAACUCUAAGAGGUUAUAUUCUGUGUAUGACAUAGAUGUGAGGAUUGUUUGUGUGCCUUAUUUGAUCUAAUUUAUUUAUGUCUUUGUUGUUAUUACCAUGCAUCGUGUGCCUUUUCUCACUGCCAAAACUCAAUUGUGUCUACAGUAACAGUGUGGUGCAAUAUGUUUUUUUUUUUUUAUUGUAUGUUGUCAUAGGACAUAUUGCAAUCUGCAUGUUUGAUUUUGAUGUUUGCUCCUGUACAAGUGUCAGUUUGAAGUGCCUUAAAGCCUCGUUAUAUUCAUAUAGUAUUACACAGUCCAGUGGGUAGAUGAGGUCUCCAUGAAUUUGUCACUUUUUAAGGUCUGAAAUAUUUAUAAUUUAAUGAAGCCAGUGAAGGAUUGUGUUGACAUAUUU